GAGAUUUUGUUAAUCCGUUGUGCUGUUUUUCUUCCCAAGAGAAGAACUCAGUCAAUACCUUUAUUGUCAUACUCCCAAAAGACAAAAACUUUCAGUCACCAUGUUUCCCACCGAGACAUGGAACGCUUCGGAGCUGCUGCUGAACGACUCAGCAGGGAACUUGUCCUUGGAAGAUGUGGAGGAAGGGGGGCAGCACCCGUUCCUGACGGACGCCUGGUUGGUGCCUCUCUUCUUUUCUCUCAUCAUGCUGGUGGGGCUCAUAGGCAAUUCUCUGGUCAUCUAUGUCAUCUCCAAGCACAGGCAGAUGAGAACUGCUACCAACUUCUACAUUGCUAACUUGGCCGCCACAGACAUCAUCUUCCUGGUGUGCUGUGUGCCAUUCACAGCCACCCUCUACCCACUCCCGGGCUGGAUCUUUGGGGACUUCAUGUGCAAAUUUGUUGCCUUUCUUCAACAGGUAACGGUCCAGGCCACGUGCAUCACGUUGACGGCCAUGAGUGGUGAUCGUUGCUACGUGACUGUGUAUCCUCUGAAAUCUUUACGUCACCGCACCUCCCGAGUUGCCAUGAUUGUGAGCAUUUGCAUCUGGAUCGGCUCCUUCAUUCUGUCCACUCCAAUCUUCCUGUACCAGAGGCUUGAGGAUGGCUACUGGUACGGGCCAAGGCAAUACUGCAUGGAACGCUUCCCCUCUAAGACCCAUGAAAGAGCCUUUAUUCUGUACCAGUUCAUAGCCGUCUACCUGCUGCCUGUUCUCACCAUUUCAUUCUGCUACUCCUUCAUGUUGAAGAGGGUUGGCCAGCCAACUGUGGAGCCUGUGGACAAUAAUCACCAGGUGCACCUGCUCUCUGAACGAACCAUUUCCAUCAGAAGCAAGAUUUCUAAAAUGGUCGUAGUCAUUGUUGUGCUCUUCACCAUCUGCUGGGGUCCUAUUCAGAUCUUUGCCCUCUUCCAGUCUUUCUACCCCAACUUUAAGGUCAAUUAUGCCACAUACAAGAUCAAAACAUGGGCCAACUGUAUGUCUUAUGCAAACUCUUCAAUCAAUCCCAUUGUAUAUGGCUUUAUGGGGGCUAGCUUUCGCAAGUCCUUCAGAAAGACCUUCCCUUUCCUCUUCAGACACGUGGUGAGGGACAGCAGCAUCAACUCCCGCACAGCAAAUGCCGAAAUCAAGUUUGUUGCGACAGAGGAGAGCAACACUGAGAGGAAAUGAGCAGUUCCUGAGGGAAGACAGCAAGCAGCUUUAUAGUAGUCUGGCUAAACGGUGAAAACAUAGCCACAUGCUUCAUUGCUCAAGUGCUGGCACAUACUGUGUUGAAGCAUGCUGAGGAAUUUGGAAAAUAAAGAUUGAGUUCUCCAGGGUGAGUGAUGAGGAUAUGUA